AUAAAAAAUGUCUAUAUUUAAAAAUAAUUAAAAAAAAAAAAAUAAAAAAAAUCUAUAAGUAGUGUAACCAAAUCGAAUUUCAUCUCUCAAUAAUUACAAUAAUUUGUCCUGUGAUUCAAAACAAAAUUUAAACAAAACAAAAAAUAUUAACGAAAGAAAUAUUUUUCAACAAAAAUUAAGAAAAAAAAAAACAACAACAACAAAAACAAAUACCAGAGAAAAUUAUACAUACAUCUAUUGGGAUUUACCUUCAAUUAUCAUUUGCAACUAUAGUCUACGCCUGCUACUAUUUUUGAGUGUUAUACUUAGAGCCUGUCUCCCCACCACCAUCACUCCUCCCUCAACAAAUCAAGAAAAUUUUAUUUAACGAUCUCCUGCUAAGCAGCCAUAAAUACACUGCCUUGUGUAGCUACUUUUUUUGCUAAAACGAAAAACACAAAAUCCUGAACAACAAAAAAUGGCUAAAACCAAAAUCAUAGCAUCAUUACAACGACAACAACGACUCACCUUAAUUUCUGCUAACACAUCUACCACCAACAACAACUACACAACCACCUGCAAAAUGUUCUCCCGCCAGUGCCUUUCCUAUCAGCUUUUAACCCUCAUCAGUGUGGUGCUAUAUCAGGCUGCGCAUGCGCAUGCCUUUGACAUAGCCACAUGCAAUAUGCCUCUGGGCAUGGAAUCUGGUGCAAUCACAGAUGCUCAAAUUACAGCGAGUUCAGCCCAUGAUACCGGCUUCGUUGGACCACAGCAUGCGAGGCUGAAAACCGACAACAAUGGCGGUGCAUGGUGUCCCAAACAUAUGAUCUCAAAUGCUUUAAAGGAAUACCUGCAAGUUGAUUUGCUGUCGGUCCAUGUUAUAACAGCGGUACGCACCCAAGGGCGCUUUGGCAAGGGUCAGGGCCAGGAGUAUACGGAGGCCUAUGUCCUGGAAUACUGGCGACCGGGUUUCACCAGUUGGAAGCGCUGGAAGAAUACCCAAGGAAAGGAGAUAUUACCCGGCAACAUUAAUACCUAUAGCGAAGUGGAAAACUCUUUACAACCGAUUAUAUUCGCAUCGAAAAUACGCAUCUAUCCAUAUGGUCAAUAUGAUCGCACGGUGUGUCUGAGAGCUGAAAUUGUGGGUUGUCCAUGGGAAGAGGGCAUUGUUUCCUAUAGCAUACCCAAGGGCGUUCAACGCGGCAUGGAAGUCGAUUUGUCGGACAAAACCUAUGAUGGCACCGAACAGGGUGAUCGCUAUGUCGAUGGCCUGGGCCAAUUGGUUGAUGGCCAAAAGGGCAAGGAUAAUUUUCGCACCGAUAUCCAUGGAUUUGGCAAAGGUUAUGAAUGGAUUGGCUGGCGCAAUGAUACAACCGGUCUCAUGGGCAAACCUGUUGAAAUAGUUUUCGAAUUCGAUACAGUGCGUAACUUUAGUGCAAUUAUUUUGCAUACCAACAACAUGUUCACCAAGGAUGUGCAGGUCUUUGUCCGUGCAAAGGUGUUCUUCAGCAUUGGGGGACAACAUUUCUCCGGUGAGCCAGUACACUUUUCCUAUAUGCCCGACACCAUAAUGGAUCAUGCACGCGAUGUGACCAUUAAGCUGCAUCAUCGGGUGGGCAAAUAUUUGAAAAUUAAUUUGUAUUUUGCCGUCAAAUGGAUAAUGCUGUCGGAGAUAUCGUUUAUAUCAGUACCGGCCGUGGGAAAUUUCACCGACGAACAGGAGCAGCGUGGCGCCUUAUUGCCACAGGAUACCCGUGAAUAUCCUUUACAAAGUAAUGAAUAUCAUCAUAAUAAUAAAAAUGGUGGUAAAAUGCCAACAACAAAUCUUAAUGGCGAACGCAACUAUAAUAAUGGACCACAAUUAAUCGCCCCCAAACCCAUCGAUCAGGAACCCUCCGAUGAGAAUUUUAUUGGCGUUGUUAUUGUCGUCUUAACUACCAUCAUUAUACUGCUGGUGGCUAUCAUAUUAUUUAUUGUCUCCCGGACGAAGAGGGCACGUGGUAGCAAUGUUUUGGAUGCAUUCCAAUAUAGUUUUAAUCCGAAUACAUUGGGUGGCAAUGUUGAUAAGCAUCGACCAAAUGGCACAGGAAUUAAAGCCAGCGUGGAUGAUAAUGAUUCAAUUGGUAAAAAUAGCCUCUACCACGAACCCUUUAAUGUAAAUAUGUACACGAGUGGAGUAAAUGGAUAUGCGGCUGUUAAUGAUUUACAAUGUAAUAUGACGCCAGACUAUACAGAUGUUCCUGAAGGAGGUUAUGCUGUGCCCCACAUGCAGGAUUAUAUGCCCUCGAAAAUGUCCAAUUCCACACCAGGCGGUUAUGUUAAUGUACGCCGCACACCUCCACCCCCCUUGAGCAGUAUAUUCCCCCGGCCGCCCCAGGUGCCACCGCCACCAAUGGAAAAAUAUUACGCCACAACGGCCAUAUUUAAGCCCAUCAAAGGUCACAGCGGCAGCAAUACCAUGAGCAGUAAGGCCAGCAGUAAUCUGAGUAAUGAGCAUAAUUACGAUGACAACAUGGGCACCAUGAAUUCACAGUCGACAGCGCCCAUGAUCAAUCCCUAUAAUACGGCGACGGUGGGUGCGGGCGGUGUGGGUGGUGGCGGCAACAAUAUCAUCAACAAUGCCGAGACCAUGCAAUUCCAGAGGGCCAGAACCUAUAAUUUCCGCAGCUAUCCAGACAAUCUUUAG